AGACCUGCAGACAGAGACCUGCAGACAGAGACCUGCAGAGACCUGCAGACAGAGACUUGCAGACAGAGACCUGCAGAGACCUGUGAUGGUCUCUGGAGCCUAAAUGAGGCUGACCCUGUUCGUGUCCGAUGGGUGUGGACGUAAGGAGUCUAAUUAUCUUGGGUAUAGAUCUGUAAUGUGUCUGACCAGAGAACACGAAUGACGCCACAGCAGAGAGGGAUGAUAACCUAUCAGCUGACCUACAUUAGAGGAUAUAAAUGAAAGUUUAGCUUUCUCCCACAUAUACCUGGAUUACUUCUGACAGCUUGCAUGGUAUCCACUUUACGCUGACAAUGGAGGUCUUCAAAUCCUUCACGGUCGUCUACAACCUGUUUGACAGGAUGAAGAACAACGAUCAGCAGUGUCCCCACAUCCUGCAGAGACUGAGAGCCCUGGAGAAACUGCUGGUUUUCAUCCAACUUAAAGUGCCGGAGCGACUCUCUGACGACAUGAAGGAUGCUCUGGAGAAACUCGACAAGGCCGUGUUAUCGGCCACUGAGCUGAUCAAAAAAUUCAUGGAUGCACACAAGCUGCAUCACGCCAUGAAAUCAGGCGACUACAAACUAGAGUUCGAGAACCUGAACAAAAGUCUGACCGACACCUUUGUGACUCUGUCCGUGGCUCUGCACAUCCAGCAGGAGCAGAGGAUGGACGAGCAGGAGAAGAAGCUGGACGAGCAGGAGUUACAGCUGGCGAGGCAGGAGAGGAGGAUGGCUGAGCAGGAGAACAAAAUGGCCGAGCAGGAAGACAUACUGCAAAUAGUGGAGUCAAAAAUCGCCUAUGAAAGUAGAGCUUACUACUGUGUUCUGCAGUGAAGACGAGCUUAGUAAAUGUUUAACACCAGUCCAGACAUGCCUCAUUGUUUACUCAUAAUAUGUGUGUAAACAUCCAAAUAAUACUUUUAUAUUAAUAUCCUAAAAUCAUCACUUGUUAUGUUUCAUGUGUACGUCUCAGCAUAUUUUACUUUUCUGGCUCUUGAUAACGAGGUAUGACUGCUUCAUAAACACUGUAAUCUGCUUUACUGUUCAUAAUAAAUUAAUAAAUAUUGAUGUUG